AGAGGAGCCAGAAAAAUCUGAUCAUCUAAAACACAAACUAAACCCUGAAGGUUUGUCACAACAAGUGUUCAAAGAGUCCAACCUGCUGAACCGUCUGUGAACCAAACACAGUCUGUUUCAGUCAGCAAGUCCUGCUGAGACAGGACUAUGGACCAACAUCAGUUUCUUCUGUUUAUGUUUCAUUUUUUCUGUCAGAUCGGCUCCUGUUGUGUCAUUUAUUCCGAUGUCUUUACGUGUUUUAUGUCUUUUAUUGUGAACGUCUUUUAAAUUCAGGUUUAAUUGCUUUAUGUCUUUAAGCUUUAUUUAAUUUGAUUUAAUUUCUCUCAAAUUCUUUUCAUGUUGUGUCUUCGGUUAUUUUUUAUGUUCUUUGUCGUUUACUUGACCUUCUGUUGCGUCAUGUGUUUUCUUUGAGUGUCCUAUACUGUAUAAUUUGUGUUGUAUUGUGUGGUUUCGUGAUAUUUCUUUUCAUGUCUGCUCAUGUCUUUUUAAGGAUUGACAUUUCAUUUGGUCUCAUGUUGCUUCCUGUUGUACUUCCUAUAGCCUGUGAUAACUAUUUCAAUCAUUGCUUGUAUAGGGCUUGAUUCCCUUUAUAUCAUUUAUUUGAAUGUUUUUUUGUAUUGUGCCAUGUGAUCUCUUGGCAUGUCAUUUUAUUUGCGUUAUUGUUGUUUGUUUUUGAAUUGGAACACAUCUUCACACCUUGUUUUUCUCCAUUAUGCCUCUUUAUUUAUUUGCCACUGAAUGUCUUUUUAUGAUCUAAAUCUCUUCAGUGUUGUUUUUAUGUCAUUUAAUGUUUUCUUUUAUCGUAUUUGUCAUAUAAAUAAAUAUCACUCUUGUUUAAUCAUGACUUUUUAUGUCAUUAUGGGUUUUCUUUCAUGUAAUGUCACCUCUUUUAUAUCAUGAUGUGUCCCACAUACCUUUUUAUGUCGUGACAUAGUUUUUCACAUCACGACACUUCUUUUAUGUCAUGAUAUGCCUUUUAUGUCCUGACUUGUCUUUAUCCAAUUUUGUUUUUUUAACUCCAUAUUAUGCCAUUGAUGCAAUGUCGUGUCUUUUCAAGUUGUGAUUUUUCUGUUUAUACCAUUUCAUGUCAUUUUCCGUGGCAUGUCUUGUCAUGUUAUGAUGUGUUUUUAUGUCACAUAAUGUCAUGUCUUCAUGUGUCUUGUGGCGUCUCUUUAAGUCUUUGUGUCAUGUCAAGUCUUUUAAUUUCAUUUCUUAUUUGUUAUUUUAUGUUUUUAUUUUAUUUCAUGUAUGGUUCACCUCUAAUGUUUUGUAAUAUUUUUAUGUCAUGUCUUUUCAUAUCAGGCGUGUCUUUGUUAUUUCAUGUCUUUUGUAGGGUUUAAUUCAUAUUAAUAGCUGACAUUAUUGUCAUGUUUUAUAUUAGACACCUUUUAUACUAACCUCCCAGUGUUGCAUUUGUUUAUAUUUGAUGACUUUUUUAAAUGUUUUGUUUAAUUUUCUUUCAUGUUUAAUUCAAAGGAAAGAUUUAUUGAUAUUUUGGCAGGUCUUUACUUUAGAGGUCCCUUAAACUUUUUUAUAUUUAAUGUGAUUUCUUUCAUGUUAUUCAUCUUUUUUUGUUGUUUUUUUAAUGUCUUAUUAUGUUUUUUAAUGCUGCGAUUGUAUUUUUGUUGCUCUAUUUUUGUUUAUAGUUUUAAUUCUGACAUAUCUUUUGAUGCCUUAUUGUGUGUCUUCAUGUAAUUUGACGUGAGGCUUUACAUCUUUUUUGAUGUGUAUUCAGUCAUUUCUUAUUAUGUUGCUUCUUUUUUGUGUUUAUUUUAUCACCCUUUAUGUCAGGCAUCUUUUUACUUAUAUUUUUUAUUUUUUAAUUUCUGUUGUCUCUCUUUUUGUUGUGUCAUUUGACAUUAUUUCAUAAUUUUUACGUCAUUUCAUUUUUUACGUCAUGCCUUUUUGUUGUUUUAUGUUUUGCUUCUUUUAUUGUCUUUUUUGUCCUCUAAUGAUAAGUUAUAUUGUUAAAUGCUGUUUCUUUUAUGUUGUUUAUGUCUUUUUAUGUCAUUUGAGUUCAUGUUGUCCUGUUACUUGUUGCAUGUCUUUCCCGCUCUUGGGAUGUGUCACAUCUUCUGUAUCCCAUCUUUAAGGAUGUGUUGGUCAAGUCUUCACUUAUAUAAUUUCUUUCUUUCUAGAUGAUUUCUUUUGCUGAUUUCGUGUGAUAUUUUAUGUUUUUUUAUCAGAGUACAUCUUGUUUUGUUAUGUUCUGUGUGUGUGAGUCACCUCAUGUUGUGUGUCCUCAUUGUGUUAUUUUGAUAUGUUUUGUUGUUUUGUAAUGAUUUUUGCUCCGAAUCCUCUCACUGCUUUUUGAUAAGAAAACACAUAGUGAAUAUAAGAUUGAUCCAUCAGCUGCUGUUCAGACUGGGUGGAGAUGGACACACACACAUACCGCAAGCACACACACACACACAGAGAGAUCUAAUGAAACAAACAUAUUGACAGCAGAGCACACAGCUAAUGACUGAAGCUCCAGCAGGAAAAUGCAGCGUCAGACCAAAAGAAGCAGAGAGAAGAGGAGGAUGUUUGGAGGAAAAAAGACAUGAAAAGAUGGAGGAUGAAAAAGUGAUGAUGGUGAUGAACAGAUGGAGAAGAGAGCGAUAGAAAAAUGAAGACAAACAGCUUAAACAGCAGACAGGUGAUUAAAUGAAAACACAAACAGACAGACGGAUAAACUCACCUUUCUCUCUUCCUCUCUCUCUCUCUCUCUGAGGGUUGUCAUGGCACGUCACCCUCUUUCUCUCCCUCUCUCUGUCUGCCUCCACUAGCAGCCGGUUAGCAAGGACUGCGACUCCCAGGGUUCCUUGAGACUCAGUUGCAGGCCUGGAGAUAGUCUGAGCAAGGUGUGGGGGGUUGUGGGCGCUGUAGUUCCCCCCCGCCGGGACUCUGAGCGCCCUCCUGAACUGACUGGAUGCUGAAGACUGGAGGCAGAGUGAGCGAAUGCUGGCUCACCGCUACUCAGCAAAAUACUGCAGCCUCCAUCAGAAACAGCCGCACCAAGGACAGCUGAGGCAGACUGAGCGAGGAGGAGGAGGAGGAAGAGGAGGAGGAGGAAAGGAAGGGAAGGGAGGGUGCUAAAUGUGAGAGGAGGAGAGAGAGAGAGAGAGAAAGAGAGAAUUGGAUCAUAGGGGAAAGAAAAGAGAGGAAACACAAUGAGAUCAGAGAAAGACAAUAUCACCAUAAACCAGCAGAUAACUUGCUUACAUGAGAAAUGAUCACAUCUUCUUACAUUACAAGGGUGAUGAUCAAACAAAAACACAAGCAGUAAAAGAUCAUGAAAAAUCUGUAAAAAAGAUUGAAGAAGCACAGAAAUGCUUGUGCAAGAUCUCAAAAUGCAUCAAAAAGAUUUAAGGAAAUAACUUUGACUUCAUUUAAUUUUCAUUUUUAUGUUCAUACUUUAUUUCACUCAGUUAAUAUUUAAAAAAAUUAAAAAAAUAUUUAAAAAAUUAGGAAAAAUCUCAGUUAUGUGAAUGAGAAGGAGCAGAAAGAAGAAAACUCUAAUAGUCUUUCAUAAUAAAUUAAUCAAUCAAACACAUAAUAAAAAUAAACAAGACCUGCAGGCCAACAUGCCUUUUUACAGUUCAUUAUUUCUUCAUUUUUCAAAAACAUCCCACAAAAUGAAGAGAAACAUAACAAACAUACCAAGACUUAGAUUAACAUGUUUUUACUCAACAUUCUGGCUUUGACACUUUUUUUGAAGAUAAAAUUUGAUUUAGCUUCUUUUGUUUUAUAUUUAUAAAAAUGUUUCUUGGCGACUCAGUGAUUAUGUUAUACCAACUAGUGCCACCAGAGGGCGCCGUUGGUUCAUGCAGGUGCAAACUCAGGUCUGUGUAUGUCCUCUUUCUGUCAAACAGGAAGAUGGAAAGGAAAGGGGGAGAGCGAGGGGGAGGACAAGCUGAGACUGGCAGGUCAGGGAGGGGCGGGGCCAGAGAGAGAGAGGGAGAGAGAGAGAGAGAGAGAGAGAGAGAGAGAGAGAGAGGAACCUGUUCCUGUGAUUUGGACUCUCCCCUUCAAGAGUGGAAGAGCAAGAAAACACAAAGAGCAGGAUGGUUGGAUUGAACAUUUCAAGCCGGUAAAACACACCCGUCUAUCUUUCUAUCUACCUACCUUUCAAUCUAUCUUGUGUUUGUUUCCGUGAAGUUGUUAAGUAGCUUUUUACCUUGUGAUUUUUUUCCUUUUGUGUUUAACUUUUCUCUUUUCUUUUAAACUAAAUAACAUGAACUUGUCACCUUUACUGAAAUAGAAGAGUUGGUUUACCUGCAUUAUGGGGACAUAAGUUAACUCACACACCAGGAUUAUGGGGACCGAGUUUGUUUCAGGAUUAAGACUUUAAGUUCUGACUUUGUGUGUAUGUGUGUGUGUGUUGGUAGAAAUGUCAUAAUGGGUGUGUUAAGAUCAGAGCACAUUCAGCUGACGACUAAUAAUUUGUGAUGUUAAUCAGUAAGAACGUAUCUUAUUUAUAGUAUCAAGAGUAAUAUUUGCCUUUGAGUAGAGGUGAUAAAGGAAGUAUAAACUUGCAGAAAACACAGACCUUAUCAUGUUUUAGUCAUUUUGAACUGCAGUUAAGGCUCCAAUCUUUGUUUUUUUACCGCAUCAGACGAACUCCAGGAUAAAACUCCAGGAAAUCAAUUGCCUAAUCCACACAUAGGCCAUUUUUUAAAACAAAGGUUAUCCUCCUCUGAAAUAAAAUCCUGUUCACAUAAUUAUACAGAAACAGAUAAAAUUGCUGAUAAAAGUGUGCCAGACCAGCAGGUGAGAAUAAUCUGUCACAUCAGAAGAACAUUGCGCAAUGUGACAGUCAUCAUACAAAUUGAAGAAAACAGACUUGUCCGAUUUGGUUUGUGAGUGGUGCCGUCUUGCGUAGCGUCCAGUACUGUGUUGUUAACUCUACGCCUGCUUCUGAACAGCUAGAUUAUAAACAUCACACAACUGCUGAUGAAGGUGCCUUUACUGGAGGACUGUGGCAUCGUUUAUUUUUCAUUUUAGAUAUGUAACAUCAACAGCGUGAUUACAUAUGGAGGAACCAAGAAAUUAGUUGACUGUAUAUGCUGCAUAUUUAUGAUUAGGUGCUUUAUAAUAUGGCAUUAUUGUUACAGUGAUCAGCAAACAGCUGCAUUCAGUCAUUGUAGAGAAGUUAUAUCAGCAAAUAAAGUUUUUAACCCUAAUAUUUAUUUCACACGUUUUCGUUAUCAUUUACUUAUUUAUUACUGUAACCAGGCUGUUUGAAACACAAGCGCUCAAUUGAGAUGUCACUCAGGGGCAAAAGUACCAAUCAUUUUUAAUAUUCUUGAUCCUUUUCUAAAAAUAUCUCAGUCCUCUGUGCAGCUGGUUAAUCUCCGUUCAGUGUCACUCUCAUACACACCGACUCUUCAGGAAGUUAGGGCAUGUUUACUAUAAAGUUUUCAAGGUUUGUCACAACUGAGAGACAAGAUAAAACUCCACAGCCUUUUCCGCAGUACGUCUUUGUUGUUACGAUCAGAAGUCAAGAUUCAGAGACAGUGAAGGUAAAAUUAAUUACUUCUUAGAGGAGCUUGCGUCAUUAAAACAUGCAGUUGUUUUGACUAGAUGCUACCACAGUAGUGGUGGCUUGUAAACUUGCAGUGGUUCUUUCCACUGAUAUAUAGACAACUGCAACGUAAAGGUUAAGGGUAUAAUGUCCACACAAACACACAGAAGUUGGAGUUUUAAAAAUUUCCCUCUUAUAAAGAGGUUUUUAAAAAACUUUGCACCCAAAAAGCCUAUUUGUAGGGCUUAAACACAGAAAAAAGUUAUGUUUUCAAAAUAUCCACAUUUGAACUGGGCCAAAGACAGUCUUUGUUUCGCUUAAAGCCCCAUUCAUGUACGUGCAGGUAUUUAUGAAGGCGUAGAUUUUUUUCCUGUCCACAAAGGGAACCUCAAUGAAAAUGGAGGUUUUAGAAAACACCACCCAAGGUGAUUUUUGAAAACCCUGUAAAGUGUUUUCUCAUGUGGAAAACAAAAAUGUUGCCAAUGUUGUUACCUCGACUUGGGCAUAGUAACUGUUGUAUUACAAAUAUGCCAAGAUGAAAGGCGACAUAUACAGUAUAUGUAUUUUUUAUUCAACAUUAAUCUAUUUGUUUGGUUCUUCUUGGUAUUGUUCAAUUGCAUGUUGAUGAGGACACCUAGCUUCACAUCAUCAUUUCACUAUGGCACAGUGUGAAUAAAUAUAGCACAGCCAGUAGUUUUUCAUUCACCACUUCAGACACAGUUUAAAGAACACUGUUUUAAAUCACGACUAACUACAUAUCAUGAAGAUUUUUGGAAGUGAUUCUGAGCCCAUGCAGUGAUUUCCACUACAGAGACAUGUCUGUUUUUGAUGCAGUGCUCCCUGAGGACCUAAUGAUCUGGACCAUUCAGUAUUGGUUUUGGUCCUUGUCCCUUUUGCACAGAUAUUUCUGCAGAUUCUCUGAAUCUUAAAAUGAUAUUAUGUACUGUAGGUGAUGAAAUCCACUUACUCUUUGACAUUUCACGCUCAGGAUCAUGACUCUAAAAUUGUUGAAGUAUUAGCGCACAGACUCUCACAGAGUGGUAAACCUUUUCCUAUCUUUCUUUCUGAGAGAUUCAGCUUCUCUGAAUGUCUCUUUUAUACCCAGUCAUGUUACUAACCUGUUGUAAAUUAACCUUAUUAGUUGGGAGAUGAGGUAGUUUUGGGGGUCGUUGAAAUGAUAUGAUUUUAGUCAGUUGCUGUCUGCCAGUCCGAGAGUAACGGCGUUUCUGUAUUUGUGUGGUAAACAGAUAAACACAGUGUGGUCUCAGAGUCUCUGAGUUUUCUCAAAACAUUCCAGGAUUCAGGAGGUGGAGUCCAUGGAUGGGUUUAUGAUUUAAACUCAGUUAUUUCUGUCUCCUUUUACUCUGUGUGUGUGAGUGUGUGUUCCUCUGGCUGUAACCACACCCCGCCCUCACACACAGGGUAAAGGUUGAAUGCACUUCACAUCUGUUCGAACAGACCUUGAUUGGCUGUGGGGUUAACAAUGUCACAGAUCACAUGAUCCUCUGGGUUUGAUGACGGCUCUUUGGUGAACUUCCCCUUUAGGUUCUUUCUUCAUCCUGAUUGGUCGAUGGGGCGUGUCCUACCACAAAGCCUCGACCUCGGUUUGAUGAUUGACAGUCCAAGUUUAUUUUCUCAUGCACUUCAGUCCGGUGUGUGUAUGUGCGUGUGUGCGUGUGUGUGUGUGUUACAUUCCAUGUGGGAUGGGUGUGGUUGAGCGACACAGAAAAACAGAGACAGAGAGCGGGAUAGAGAAAUAGAGGGAUAGAGGGAGAGAGAGAAGUCGGCUGCAUUCCAACACUGUACCUGCCUCAGGUGUGUUUCAGGUGUGUGUGACUCAAAGCAGGUUUGACUGUUAACCUCCACAAAGGUUUUAAAGAGGCAGACACUGAGAUCUGUAUUCUGCUGAAGACUUCAUACAACUACAAAAGAAGAGAAACUUUAAAACCAUAAAUUUAAUCCUAAAUGAUGUCAAUAAAUAUCUAACAGUGUCUGAAAUAUUCCACAGAGUGAAGAGAUUAACACCAGUUUAGGUUAAUCAAACACCACUCUGAAAUGAUGCUGUUCACAACUUUACUACACGUAAAUCAAUGUUUGACAACUCAGAACAAGCUAACAAGCCAGGUGAGGUGAGCCUGAAACCUGACACACUAGAUGCUGAAACUAAAGAGAGGUUAUUCUAUCAUAAAAACGUCUGAUAAUUUUAAAAUGAGUGCAACAACAAGUUUGUAAAAACUUUCAACGGCCAUACAGGUAAAAAGUUGUGUAACGCUAAAAACAGCUGGAGGAACAUAUCCCAACUCAUGAAGUUAAUUUAUAACAGGUUAGUGACAUGAGUGGGUAUAAAAAGGACUUUCACAGAGGCUGAGUCUCUCAAAAGGAAAGAUAGGACAUCACUGUGAGCAAAUAGUUCAUCUCCUGAGUGGAUGGCCCUGAUCUUCAGGCCCUCAGGCCACACUGCAUUUAAAGCAGACAGGUCUCUCCAGUGAAAAUCACUACAGGGAACACUUUUUAGCAUUCAGUAAGACAAACACCACAUUCUGCAUGCGUUACAACAGCUAGGCUCUACUGUUGAGCUGCUAAACUGGCCUGCCCGCAGUCCUGACUUGACACCCGAUAAAAGAAUCUAACAGUCUGAGUACAAGUCAUCACUAACCUUGUGCAAGUCGAGUCAAAAGUCCCUAGAGUAGGAUUCAAUACCUCAGCUUGUUUCUUGUUACAGACUGUAAACAUAUUUCAUUUCUAACAUGAGGCUCUAUGGGGACUAACUCACUGUGAGAUAAACCCCCAAGUGGCCACAUGAGGAACUGCAUUUCUUGGAACUUUCUAUCUAACACAGCAGUGAUAUCGCCUGAACAAAUCCAGCAGAGGUAUUAGAUUCUGUGAUUAAAUUUUUCAGUGGAAGUUUUAAAGUUUAUGAAACAAACAUUUAAUUUACUGAUUAGCUAUUUAUUUUUUUGGAUCAAUACAAACCCAAACCUUGAAUUUCAAAUAGUUACAUUCUGCUUUUCAGCUCUGUCUUAACACAGAGACUGCAGUCACACUAUUGUUCCUUUACAAAGACAGGAAACACAUACACACAAUUUGUGAUGUCAUCAAGGGGCGGAGUCAAAAUAGCCUUGGAGGCCGGCCUAGGGCAGGAAAAGCAGACGCUUCCCUCUGUAAACAGAACAGGCCUGAGAUCAGCCGUCUGCUAUUGUUCUCUCUCUCUCUUUCUGUGUGUGUGUGUGUGUGUGUGUGUCCUUCUUGGGUUAUUCUCACUUUUCAUGGCUUGAAAAUAACAGAUUUUAUGGUUUUUCAUUUGCGUUCCCUUUACUCUGUUCUUGAAUUCAAGGACAGUUUCUUUAGUUUUUAAAGCUCCUGUGAAAAGCUUUUACCUGAUCAUGACACUAUUGAUAUGAAUUUAUUGUCUUUUAAUAAUUCAGGGUGCAUCAUCUUUGCUGUCAUGGCCUGUUAAAGUUUAAGUCCUGAUUUGGGCAUUAAAACUUCAUCCUGCUUUUUUAAACGGUCACUCAUUAUCAUUUUUUGCUGUGGAGAAAGUAAAAAAGGGUUUUUGUCCUAUCAUGAAGGCCAUGUCAUUUAUGAUUGUUAAAAAUAUAGAUAAAUCAUGAGAAACAAACUUCUCACAGGAGCUUUUAAUAAAUAAAAAAAUAAGAUUAAGUAAUACUCUUACAAUUUACAGUACAUCCCUUAUAGAAAAAAUAUUAUUGUGAAAAAUAUUUAAAUAAUUUUUAAAGAAAUUUAAUUUGUUAAAUAAGCUAACAAAAAAUAAUUAUAAUUAUAUUAGUGAAUUCACAAUUUUAGUUAAAGUAAGUUUAAAAAAGUUCAAAUGAGUGGAAAUAACAACUAAAUUCAAUUUUAAAAGUGUUAGGAUUUCAAAUGUUAAACUUUAAUUGAUAAAGAAUUUCAAGCUCUGUAACAAAAAAUGAGUGUAAAAUGUUUAAAAUGAAACAAAAAGGGUAAAAUAAAAUUCAAGCUUAAUGAGAAAAUUGAAGAAUAAAAAGCAAUGUAACUUUAAAAGAUGUGAAAUUACUUGAAUUGAACCUUGGAAAAAGUAAUUGUUAAAGGAGCUACAAUAAAGAUGUGAUUAUUUAAAUUUAGAUUUAGGCUAACAACAAAAAGUAAAAUGAGUUCAAAAAUUUUAAAGCUACAUUAAAUUUUCAGCUUUAUGAGAGAAAAUAUAAAUAUAAAUCAAAAUGGCAGGUAAACUUGAAUUCAAGUUUGAUGGGAAACAAUCAUCUAAGCCUUAAAAGAUAAAAAGCUGAAGUCUGAAAUAGUGUAAAGUUAUUGAGUAAAUUUAAAAUGAAUGCUAAUAAGAAAAAAUCAUCUCAAAAUAAGUUAAAAGCCAUGAUCCUAAUUUUAAACUUAAGCUAAAAAAGAUAGGUGCAAAAUAAGUUAAAAAUACGUUAAAAUUUGUGUAAAAUAAGUGUUAAAUGAGUGUUAAAUGAGUCCAAAAUAAACAGAAUGUGUUUACUGACAACAGUUUGAAGCAGAUUCUCUGUAGUUUACUUAAACCUGGUCCCUGUUUACCUGACUAAUCCUGUUUCCCUGAGAAAAGUGUUUUUGAUCCCUCUGAGGGCUCAGCUACAGGCUUGCAGGUUUCCACCUUAGCAGGUGAUACACUGACAAGCCACACCCCUCUUUCUGUGAAGUGGGUGGGAUCUGUGGUCUGGAAAGAAAACCUUCAGAGUGUUGUCACUCUGAAGUUGAACACAACUUGUACAACCUCUGUCUGUGCUGGAGGGCUUUUACUCGUGAACAGUGGAGUCAGGGCAGAUGUGAGCAGACAGGUGAGAGUGAGUAUUUGAUUUCUGCUGUGGAUAUGGACAAACUUAAUCAGGUGAGUCUUUAACCUGACUCUGGCUGUAAACUGAGUCUGCUGUAAGGCGACACCAGAGUCACAUGGUGGUGAUGAUGAUGAUGAGUCUGACCACAAAGAAGAAGAAGAUGAAGUGAAAACAGCAGAGUGAGGCAUGAGGGUUAGCGUUAGCUGCAGCAGCUGCAGGAGGAGCUCAGAGCCGAUUGUAGUUUGACUUGUUCUGACAAGAAGAGAAACACAUAACAGUCAUUCCUCAGUUUGUCUUUCAGUAGCUACAAACUGGGAGUCUGUUUUAUUCCGCUUAGGUUCUGAGUUACUCUCAGCAAGUUAAAUACAGUGAAAUUAUUUGGGUUUUAGCAUAAAGUAACACUUUAACAGUGUCAAGAAAUGGUUCAUUGUUUUCACUUUUAGGUUGUCUAAAAUCUGUUGUGAAGUAUGCAUGAAAUUGUGCAACUGUAUCUUAUAGCUGCAUCUUAGUGUGUGUCAUAUAGGGGUAUAUAUACAAUUCUCAGACAUAUUCAGAAUUGAGAGUGAGCUUGACAGACUGAACAAGUUUCUGGUUAAUUAUAAAACCUUCUGAGGUGGGUGUGUUGCAUUUUUGAACAAGAUUAAACACAGUUCUGACUUCUUAUUCAUAGGUUCUCAUGCAACACUGUAGAAGUCCGUCAUUGUUCACAGUCUGUCUGGACUGAUAUAAAUAUAUUAAAUGACUUCUACUCAUUAAAGUUUACCUUUGGAAGUGAAAAACCUGGGCGUUGAUAUCUUUAAAUGGGUGACAGACUGCAGCUUAAAAUCCUGCUGUGCCGAAAUGGAAACAGUUGUGAUUAUAGACUGUAUAUUCUGUGGACAACUUGGUUCCGCCUUCCGCCAAUAUACGAAUUUGAAGCCAAAGAGGUCUCGGUGUUCCUGCGAUUUUUCUCCAUUUCCCGAAACCAACAUUGUGCAGUAGCAUUGUACGCACUCCACCACAUAGUACACAUUUAGCCGCAGAGUCGCUGUGAUGACGCUCGGCUCAAACAGCAUAUCCCCCGGGGGAGCUAUGCAAUCUUCAUACGCCCAUAGGCUGUAUCAAGUGUCAAUCAUACGAAACAUAAACCCCCUAAUAACUUUUAAAAAUUGAGUUCUAUACAAAAAAGAGGACUUGAGCACUAAUCAGUCUGGCAUAACCGGGGGGGAGAAAAUUUAUGUUCUGUGUAAUAAAUUUCUAAAGUUUGUCUACAGCCCCAUGAGCUUUGCUGGAGGAGGCGGGAUUUAUGACCUAUACUGCAGCCCGUCACCAGAGGGUGCUGUUCUUGGUGUGGCUUCACCCAGCGAGGAGGCAGACGGCAUCCAUUCUAUAUACAGUCUAUGGUUGUGAUGUUGUGUUUUCUGUAUUUAUAGGGCCCUGGCACUCAGGUGUGACCUUUGACCCCGAAAGUUCAGCCCAUCUACCUGAGGGGGCAGGGAAUUUGGAGCUAUCACCAUGGCGGCAACCUCCUCCCUGCUUGGCCGAGGUUAGUCCUCCUUUUGAAGGAGAUAUCAGUAAUGCUAGGUCUCAUGAGCAGGGAUGGUAUUUGUAACAUUUUUUAAAAUUAUUUAGACAUAGUGACUUUUUCUGUUGUAUUUUAGCAUUUGUAACAUGUGCUAAUUCAUACGACAAUGCUCUCCUCUGAUUGGCCCUCCCUCUUGUGGUCUCCAGGUCUUGGGCUGGUUCUGGUGGAGUUCCAGUAUGAGUACCCGGGUCGGGAUGGAGUGCUGGUUUCCAUCAAGCCCAAUGAACGCUAUGUCCUGCUGGCUAAGACCAAUGACCACUGGUGGCAGGUCCGGAGUGAUGCGAACUCUAAACCUUUCUACAUCCCUGCCAAGUAUGUGAAGGAGCUACCAACAGACAUCCCUUCACCUUUAGACUUUGCUGAUCCACCUAGUCCUGAACCAGUGUUGCAUCCUGUGGUGCCUCCAGUCCCAGUCCCAGUCCCUGUCCCAGUCCCAGUGCCAGUACCUGUUCCUAAGACUCUGGAGGAGCCCAAGACCAAACCAAGUGAUGAGGUGACUAUUCGACUGCGGCCAGAUGUUUCCAGUGGAUACCGAAAGACUGAGAACCGCAUGUCCACGUUUGGUGUCCCAUUAGACUUCCAAGAUAUGUCCCCUGUGGUGGGGCCAAUACCACGUCAUCCAAAUGAACCCCCUCCUGUUCCUGAAGAGACAACUACCACCAGUGGAACUUCAGCUAUGGUCGAGGACCCUUCAAGCAAAAACCCUUGUUCUGGGUUACUGGAGGACCAAUGGGACUCUGGAAAGCCUAGAGUUCCCAGUUUCAGUCCAGCAGACCCCCUCUCCGCCUCCCGACCCCACACCCAGCCCAUUCCAGUGGAGACACCAAUGGUUCCGAUCAUCCCAUCACACAACGACCUCCACAGUGGGUCCUCCCCUUCCACAGGUAAUCAUGAUGACCAGGACUCUCCCAUAGAGCCUGAGGAGGAGGAGGAGGUGGUGGAGGAGGAGAUCAGCCCUGAGGAAAGCACUGGUGAGGAGGAUUCACUUAAAGGGGAGGAUUCACACCACAUCUACGAGUCCAUCCAGGACCUGAACAUUGACAUUGAGGCUCUGACAGGAGGAAGAGUGAGUCCAGGAUCACCGCCUGAACAUGCACCAGCUCCAAUACCAGUACCUAUACCUACUGUGCCCUCAACAAAGGUAAGACACCAGAUUUAUUAUACUUACAUUCCCCUUUUAUUCUGCCUGUCUGGGACACUUCGAGAGAAGCUUUGUCGGAUUAGCAGCUCCAAAAACUCCUUAUUUAUCUCAAACCGGAGUCUGUGAAAACCUGUAUUUCAUCUCUGUUCAGCCUCUGCCUGAAAGGCUUAUUCUUGGCUGCUUUAAUCAGGUAGACAGUUAGACACAGCUUGGGGUGUUACUUUUUACACAGCUUUGUGGUCAUAGGAGCCAUCUUCUGCUACGUGUAGUUCCAUUAAAGCCGCUGUAGUAAUGUGUUUUCCAGCUUGUGUCUCUGAGCUUCAUACAGGUCUGUAUGGAUGAACAGCUCCAGGUUUUAGUAACAGCUAAGACUCAAAUCCAGCUUGUACUGGCCUUUGUUUAUAAAGGAGUUAUCAGUGAAGUGGUGUGCACAUACCACUAUGUUGCCAGAUUUUGAAACAAAAUAAUACACACGUACUGCCUGAUUCAAAACAGUUUUGGUCUGAGCAGCUGAGGGAUCUUGUGGCACCCACUGUCCAGGGAUUAAACAUUUUUGAAGUGUUGUUUUUUCUUCAUGGAAAAUUCUUUAGCAAAGAGACUAAACACGACUUACCCACUCUCCUCCAGCAGCCACUUGUUAGUAGCGAGUCAGUCCAUUACUGACUACAGCGGGGUGACGCAGCUCAAGGAAGAACAUUUAUGAUCAUUUCUACAUGGAAAAGCAAUCAGACUGAGACGCUAAGGCAGUAGAACUACUGCAUCUGCAUUGCAAAAUGAAUAAAAUGAUGAUUAUUGCGUCAAGGAAAUGAUAAAGAAAUGAUCAUAAAUGUUCUUCCUUGAGCUGCGUCACCCCAUUGUAGUCUGUGGUGGACUGGCCCAAGGUCUCGCUACAAACAAACGGCAACUGGAAGAGAGAGGAUGAGUUGUGUUAAGUCCUUUUGCUAAAGAAAUCAGGCAAAGUUAAAAAGAUGUUUGGUGGCUAGUGCUAUGGCUGGGACCCUAUAUGUACUGUUGAUGAAGUUAGGUGCUGUUCUGAGCAUUAUUUGUGGCUAUAAAGUGGUGUCAUGGUUGAGCUUUGUUUAUGGUGUAUUGCUAUCCUGCUUCAAAACUUCCCAUUAGGAACAAGUGGAUGACUAUAACCCUGUUUUAUGUUGUCUAUGUAAAAGAUUAGUAAAAUGGUCUUUUGAGCCCUUUAGUUUUCUCCCAGUGGGGUGACACAACCUGAUUUCAUAUAUUUAUAUAGUAUAUAUGUAUGUAUUGUGGCUAUUUAUCUAAAAUCUUUAGUCAAUAAUUUUAUUGCAGCUUUUGCUACCUUCCAACUGUCAUUUGUUGGGCUUUCAGUUGAUUAGCAGAAUUAAGAAAGUUAAAUUUAGUUUGACAUCUCAGUCUCAUAAAUCUGUCAGUAUAUCAAAUGAAGACGAUCUGAAUCUUUCGAAUGAACCAUAAACACUGUGCUUUCACCAGUCAGUACUUUGUGACCAAACAUGAAUCAAUAUGUUUCAUGAAAUAAUCUUAGCAGAUGAUCUCCGCAUCGAUCAUUAGUCACAUGAAAUUUAGUCAGAUUCAGCUGUGACUCUUUUUCCAAAAUAAAAGCCCUCUGCAGCGUGUCAUUUCCUGCUGAGUCCACUCAGGAAGCUCAGAGAAGAAGAAGAAAAAAGCUGCUUCCUCUUUUUAUUCUCAUCAGACUGAAACAAGCUGACCUUUGACCUCCAGGACCACUCUGAGCCGGCCUGGAUUAAAACUCUCAGUCUUAAUUAUGCUGAGUGAUUAUUUUUGAUGAUAGUGCAGGUCUUAAACGAUUUCAUGUGAUUAAUAUUCUUAUCAUCAAUCCUCAGAAAUUUUAUUUUUGGUUAUUUAUAAUUUUCAGAGUGGUGACAUCACAGCAGGAAGUGAUGAUUUGAGCAGGAUGCAGUGAUGUCACAGCUGACAGGAUGUGUUCAGGGUCAGUCAGGAAGCUGUGAGAGGAGAAGGCUGCAGCGCCACCUGCAGGAGAAGAGAGAGAGAAAGAGAGGAGUAGCAGAUAGAGAAAGAGUGAGAGAGACUGCAGCAGUUUUAAUGAUUAUUAUUUGAUCACAGCAGUCUGAUCAUGUGACCAUGUGACCAUGUGAUCAUGUGAUGUUGUGGUUUUGCUGAAUUGUAGGAUGUGAAAAAGGAUGUGAAGUUGUUUUUUUUUCUUCCUCUCUCUCUUCUUGUCACUUGUCAUAUUUUUUCCUCAUUCCUCACAUUUGUCGGCGUCUUUAUUUUUUUCUCCAGGUCUCUUCUAUUUCUUCUUCUUCUUCUCUUUUACAUCUUUCCUUUUGUCAUCAUCUUUUUCCUUAUCCCUCUUUAUUUCAAACUUGUUCGUGUUUUUGUUCUUCCCUUUUAUGCUCACCAGAAGCUAGGCAACAGUUUUUUGCAGAUGGAGGAUCCUGCUUUUACAUAUAUUGAACAAAUUUCUAACUGUAUAUUAAAUUUCUCCAUCGCAGAGCAGAGACAUAGUUAGACAUAAACUUCUUUAGUAAAGUUACAGUAGAAUACCUGUGUAGUAAAAUAAAACACCUUUCACUCAUGUCCUUAUUUUCAUACCUCUCUUGCAUUGUCUCUUUUCUCCUGUUUGAGGGUAAACGUAAUAAACAUUAGAAUCAGAAAUACUUUAAUAAUGCCCAGGGCGAAAUUGCUUUCGUUACAGUACUCAAGUGCAAAUACGGUAAAGAGGAGAUAAAGAAUAGAUAAAAUAAAAGAUAAAAUAAGUAAAAAUAUAGGGAUAAAUAGAUAAAAUAAGUAAAAUAAGUAAAAAUAUGGAGAUAAUAUACAAGUAUUUACACUUUUAACAACACAAAUAGUGACAUCGUAUGCAUAUGAACAAUGAACAAGUUUGCAGCCUGAACCAAGGGUAUCAAUAGUCUACAAUACACAAUGCCUUUACUGCACAAAGUCUGCUCUCAAAUGAGACACGAUAUCAACCCAGUUUUGGGGUUAAGUCUUCAUUCUCCACACUCCAAUUUCUGGUGAUGGCCUUUUUUAGCCGCCUACUUCGACAUUUUCAAGCACUUGCUUUUAAACUUUUUAGAAACAUGCUUUCUUUAUCAUUUCCUUGAAGUAAUAAUCACCAUGUUAUUCAUUUUGCACUGCAGAUGCGGUAGUUCUUCUGCCUUAGCGUCUUGGUCUGAUUGUUUUUCCAUGAAGAAAUGAUCAUAAAUGUUCUUCCUUGGUAUAACUAGAGAAGCAGGCGGUCGGCAACAUUCAUCUCUCAAGGGGGUGUCUAACUCAGUGUUGCGGUGUGUUUGACCCUAAUUUAAUUUUAUGCCAGAAUAUCCCUUUAAGAAAUGAAAUGUCCCUUUUACUUUAUUACUUUUUUCUCCUUUCUAUCUUUCAUAUUCUUCUUAUUCGUUCCCCUCCUCCUCUUCCCCUAAAGCCACCCUCCCUUUCUUUGCCUUUCUUUCUCCAUCUUUCUCUCCUCAUAUUUUUGUUAUCUUUUUCCUCUUAUUCUUCACUUCGUUUUUCUUCCACAUUUUUAGACAUUUAACGUGAUAUUAUUGUGCUUCUGCAGUACUUACUCUAGGUCCAGUUUUGUCUGUGGUGACUAAAUUAAACCAGGAGGGGGCAGCAGACACACACAGACCUCAGAUCAGCUCACUCACACAAACACACACUUGUAUUUAUGAGUCUAUAAAAACUAAUUUAAACAUUAGAAUAAAAACACGAAUAUCGUGUAGGGAUCAAAAAUGAUAUUUAAUUAAUUUCCAGAUCUUGAAGUCAUUGAGAAAUCCCUGAAACAUAAAGUUUUAAGGCAUUCCUGUUAAGUACAUAAUAUUUUGAGGUGGGUCUGCAGAUCCCAGAGAGGGGGCUUGAGGACUGCAAUGAGAUUUCAAGGGUCCUUGAGCGAUUUCCCUGACCAUUAAGUAUUUGAUCAUUGCUAUGGGGUAAAAAGAAGCUAAGAGAUCCUUAAAAAGUUUUAGAAGUUCUCUAGAAGGCUUUUAAACUUCCUUUAAUGUCAGAGAGGAAAACUCCAAGGAUCCUUGAAAAUCCUUGAAGAUCCUUGAGACAGUUUAAGCAACACUGUGUAUUCAUGGUGUCAUUGCAGAGGUUAAAUGAUGAAAGUUUAAGUCCUUAGGAAAUAUUCAGAUCUCUAAGAGUUUUUCAGGAGUCCUGCUUGUCUUCUUUUAAGAAAUUCAGAGGGAUGUAUGGGCAGAUGGGGGCGGGGCUUCGUGUCGCUGUUAUAAAGAGGCGGGGCUUCACUCAGCUGUGAAUCAGGGGGCGCGGCUUUGGGCAGGAGAGCAGAUCUGCAGUGUGAUAGCCUGAGGCAGCUUCAGUAUCGGAUUGAAACAGACAGAAGAACUGACUUGUAAUGGUUUUAUGGAUUUAAAGGGUGCAGGAAGGGUCAGGGAAACUCAUUAUGGGUGAGUCUAACUGUUCUUCUGUUGUUUUUGAAAGAUCAAAUUGAGGUUGUCCCAUGUUUUAGCUUUUAUUUUAUUUUUAACACUGAUAAUGAGAGGUAGAAAAUAAGAAUUAAUGAAUAAAAGAUGGAAAAAAAAUCCAGUUAAAUCCUGUUUGAGUGAAACACUUGAUCAGCUGAGGCAGGUGUGUUCAGGUUAAUGAAAAACUCAAAGAGACAGGCUGAGCGUUAAACAUUCAGAGGAUCACACCUGAUACUGGUCCCAACAAGUCUGUUAGAGUCCUGCUCUCAAGGAUUCAAGGCGUUUACUGUAAAUUAGGUUUUCAGGACAUGUUAGUGCAUGAGAGUGAAGUACUCAGGUCCAAAGGUCUAAACUAAAGGAAAUAAUUAUGAUGAAACACAACAAUAAAACUUUAUACUGGAAACUCAGAGACUGAAACUCUGCGUCAAGGAAGAUUUUUACUGCUUGAGAAUGAUGACAAAAACAAAGAGAGGAUUUUGUCACAGUGUCAACAGGCAGAGAUCAAAUGUGACAGGCUCUUUCUGCUGGUUAAUUUGACAUUAGGAGUGUGAUCAGAUUGUUACAGAUUGUUAAAAGAACCUCUAACAUUUUAACUUUUGUGUGCAAUGUGGUUAUCUUGAGGCAAAAGUGAAUAAUCUUGUGCUUAAUGUAAUUAUCUUGAGGCAACAGGUUGUUGUCUUGACCCCCAAUGCAACUAUGUUAUUGUAAAAGUAAAAUAACUUGCACUCACAAGAUAAGCUGCUGCCCUUAACCCACAUUGGAACCCACUGAGCAACAGACUGCUAUUAGACAUCAAUUUUUUUUAGACCUAAUUUUAUCCAUCUAGAUGUUGCACUUUAACCCAUUAAUCUAUAACUAUUUAUUUUAAAAAGCACCUGUGAGUUGCUGAUCUCCAAGUACUUAACCAAAAUAAUUAUGAUAGCCAUUGAGAAAUAUAACGUGCAGUAUAGAUAUAGCCGGCUAGUCUAAACUUGGUCUAAACUUAGACAUCUAAAAAACUUUCAUUUUCAGACCUGUGGUAGCCUGAUUUUAGACCAGUAAUCUAGGCUACCUUUAGACGUCUAUAAGACCUCUUUUAGACCAAAAAAUGCUCAGUGGGAUGUAUCUUGUUGGACAGGUUGCUAUCUAGUUCCCAGUGUAUAGUUUACAGGAGAGACCAAAUUAUGAUCUUGCGCAUACAAGACUACAACCUAUGCACACACGACUAUGACUUGUCUUGCAUGAUAAUCAUCUUGAGUGCACAAGUUGUUUGCAAAAGAAAACAACUUCAAUCCCACAAGAUAUUAUACAACACACUGAAUAUUAUGCGCACACAAUUAACUUGCUGCAACAAGAUAAUAACCUGCACAGUUUUGUUAUCUUGCUGAAACUAGUCAUAAGUUAUGAACUCAAGAUAACUAUGUUGUGUGUACAAGGUUAAUAACUUGAUCAGAAAAAAUAUUAACCCAUGUACACAAGACAGCCCUCUCUUUUACAAGAUAAUGAUCUUGUAGGCACAAAAUAAUAAAACUUCGUACACAGUAAUUUAAUCACAUUUGGUUCUCACAAGGUUAAAACUUGUAUGUGCAUAUUAAAAUGAUCUAGUUGAAAGAGGUGAUCUUGUUUACACAAGAUUGCAAAUAGUUCUGCACAAGUUAUUAUCUUGUGUGUGCAUGGAAAUACUUUGUUCCCACAAGAUAACAACCUUUGAGUAUUUAGUUUAUUCAUUUCAUUGAUAGAAAUUUUUAUCUUGUGCACACAAGAUAAAAACCUGUUCUUAAAGAUUAUUACUCAGUGCGCGCAAGACCUUCAAACAUGAUUAUGAUCUUUGGCUGUCUUGUGUGCACAGAAUAAUAAUGUUACUUUACUGGACUCAGAGGGCUUUUGGGGUUGUUGGUGUUUCUUUUCUUACUCAUGCUUUACUACCAAUGACUGUAGACUGUAAUCCAGUAUUAAACACAGCUGAGUAUUAAGAAGGAAACAUAACUGAGAGGAGAAUCUCAGUCAUUCACCUGGGCAGUCACAGCAGCAGAAACAGGACAUUAAAAGUGUCGCCUGCAUAGAUGAUGAAAAACCCAUGAACUUAGCUGUUACAAUAGUAGAAGACAAAACUAUUUACUAUUUUUUGAGUUUUUGGUGGCAGAAAGUCGGGGAGGAAAGGUUUUGGUUGUUUUUGUCGCUCUGUUUGUUCAAAACAUGUGGUUGAUUGUGCUUGUGUGUGUGCGUGUGUUUGUUUAUAAAACAUAGGAGGAGUUCUUCCUGUAGGGCAGCAGUCCCCCACCACCACUACCACCAAACACACACACACCCACACCCACACACACAGUCAGAUUACCGUAGAUAAUUUAUUUUGUCAGAAAAACAGACUUUCACAUCACUGAAAUGGGAAAUAUUGCAUUGAUUUUAUAAGAAAAUAUUGUUAUAGCAUACUAAAGAGUACUUUUUGUUACAUGCAUUAAAGACAACAGUACCAAAGCUGCAGCAAGUAUUUCAGGGGAGCUUUUAAUGAUGUAGAGAAGACCAGGUGUGGGACAUGUUAUCACAAUGCAGAGAGUUAAUUUAGAUUUAAACAUAAAUCAUCGGUUAUUGUUGUUGCUGUCAGGAUGCUUGAGGUCACCUGUUUAAAGACUGACCAAUAGUUGGGUAGAGAGUAUAUUCCCAAUACGCAAAAAACCUUUUCAGAAACCAGUAAGUUACAUCACACAGACUACAUCCAAUUGGUUAUUGUUGUUGCUGUCAGUAAAUAUAUAAUUAUGUUGUGAUCUGAAAUGCAGCAGCAGAAAACACUUCACAUCAUAUUCCUUCGCAGAAUAGUAGCCUCAUAUUUCUCUCUCUCUCUCUCUCUCUCUUUUUGUAGGAUCACAGCUCGACCGACCCUCUCUCGCCCAUCUACGCUAACGUCUCCUCUGUGAAGAAAGCACCUCAGAUCUCUGUCACUGGCCCUGCCCUUCCCUCGUCGCCUCCUCCUGAACACGCCCCUGCUAUUCCAGACCACACCCCCUUGUCCUCUGUGUCGUCCUCUGCAGGGAUGAUAAGCCCUGCCUCUCCCCAGAGCCCACCUGAUGGAUGGCAGGUAAAGGGACCUCUGAUUAGUCAGUAGCACAGCAAAAAUUAAAAUAAAAGGAAACAAUCUUAUAAUAAUAAAUUAAGGCAAAGUUUACUCAGUAUGUUUCUUAAAUGAUCCUGUCAUUUUAGCUCUUUACAGAAAAUAAUCCAAUCCAGGUGUCCUGGAGAACUAUGAGAUGACUCCUGAUUGUGAUGUUUUCAGUGAGCUUUUCUCUGCCAUUCAUAGUUUUUACCUUCAGUUUCUCUGAACUCUCUGCUCUGUCUCAGGUGUUUCACUGACUCCCUGAGCUCAUUAUAGUUUAAUCAGACGUAACUGGAGACGUUCAGGUUUGUUCCACUCUGAUCGAAUGAACGGUUACAGCUCACGCAUUAUAAACAACAGGCGACAGGUCACCCCACCUGGCUCAAAGACAUGACAACAGUAUAAACUACUGUCCUGAUGUAAGACCUGGGAGCCAGCUGAGCAAUUCUCUAACAGGAGUUACAUCUAGUGAUAAAUUUUAAUUUGACGUCAGCAACACAUUUCUAAAGAUAGAUCAGAUCUCAUUUGUCCUAUUUUGUGUCAUGUUGCCCGAAGUGUUUUCAUUGGAUGACAAGUCAGGACUGUGGGCAGGCUAGUGUAGAAGCAGGACUCUUAAGUUAAAAAGAUGUUUGGUGGCUAGUACUAUGGUUGGGACCCUAUAUGUACUGUUGAUGAAGUUAGGUGCUGUUUUGAGCAUUAUUUGUGGCUAUUGUUUGUGGCGUUUUAGUAGAGGUUUGUUUAUGGCUCCUCAGACUGCUGUGUAUUGCUAUCGUGCGGUCGUUACUAAAGUUGGUAUGAAUAGAGAAGCAAGCAGUCAGCAACAUUCAUCUCUUGAGGGGGUGUCUAACUCGGUGUUAUGGUGUUUGACCCCAAAUCAAUUUUACGCCGGAAUAUCCCUUUAAUAUAGUGCUGCCUAAGGGCCUGAAGAUCAGGGCCACCUAGUGUUGGCUUUAGCCCUCGUCCCUUUUGUGCAGAGAUUUCUCCAGAUUCUCUGAAUCUUUUAAUGAAAUUAUGCACUUUAGAUGACGACAUCCACUAAUUCUUUGAACUUUUACACUCAGUUGUUAAACUAUUUGCUCACACAGUCUCUCACAAAGUUGUGAACCUCUUUCCAUUUCUCCCUCUGAGAGACUCAGCCUCUGUGGAUGUCCUUUUUUAUAUCCAGUCAUGUUGCUAACCAGCUGUUCUUUCAGCAUUAUACAGCUUUUUACCUGUUGUUGUUCUAACAAGGUUUUUUGGAAUUGGAGUCUGUAAUGUAAAAGUUAAACUGUAGAAAAGUCAGUGAUUUGUUAAUAGUUGUAUAUACUUUCCUGAACACAGCAUCCUGUCAUCUGUGCAUUUUCAGGCGCACACUGACCAGGACAGUGGUAAGGUGUUUUACUUCCAUCCUUUGACCAGACAAACCACCUGGUCUGACCCUCGUGGCCCCUCAUCCCUUCCUGCCAGAGACAUGGACCAGUCCAGGAAGGGUGAAGGAGGACAACUUACCUCCCCCUCCCCUCUUUACUCUCCCACGUCCUCUCAGGUACAAUUGUUGCCACGACAGUUCGACUUAUGAAGUGUGUGUAUGCCAGUUUGCACCAGCAGAGUGGGACAUGUAGAGAGAGCUGCAGGGUGGGCGGCAGUGUGUGACGUCAAGUCGAGGCAAAGUCUCACAAAGUUCUUCAAACAAGUUGAUGAGAGAGGAUGAUAAAUGACAGCUGAGGUUAUCAUCAACAUGUGUGCAUCUCAUGUUUUUAAACUCAUUAGAGUACAGAUCAGCACGAUGAGGUACAUUGAAAUAGUCAGUUAAAAGUAUCCUACAUGAGACUCUACAGAGUAGCAUGUGACUUUGUAUGACAUAUGUAUAUGACUUUGACAACUGACGUUUUUCAAAAUUAGUAAAUAAACUCUUUCCUGUCAGAGUUCUGGUGGUUGGGAGCGACUGACGGAUGAAGUCUCAGGGAGAUUUUACUAUUACAACCCCAUCUCAGGAGCCACAUCAUGGACCGCACCUGAGCCGAUGUCCCCUUCCUCCCCUUCCUCCCCCCAAGGAGGCCCGGUAAGAUACUGUGAUAUAGCCGGAUAAGACAAGACUUAGAGGGAUAUUACGGCGUAAAAUUAACUUAGGGUCAAACACACAGUAACACCGAGUUAGACACUCCCUCUAGAGAUGAAUUUUGCCGACAGAUUGCUUCUCUAGUUAUACCAAUCUGUUUAAAGAACAACAGAAAUCAAGGCAAAAAAGUCAGAGCUCUGAUAUGUGAUGUUUAUGGUAUUUAAGGUAAAAAUAAAAUAUCUUUGCUAAUAGCCUUUUUGUUUUGUGAUUACCUGAAGCCCCCACUCCCAGAGGAGGAUUACCCAGUGGAUGUGUCCAGUGACAGCAGUGAUGCUGUGUUCACAAUGGUACGACACAAACACUUAAUAAAACCUGUGGAUUUUUCAUAACUGCAACCUGUGAGUCUCUAAUUAUCUUUUGACACAAAAUAUCUGUGGUUAUCUUCCCAGAGUCCUCAGCAACCUCUCGCUCUGAUACCAAGAGCUCAGUUAGACCCGAGGCUACAGGAGGUAAAACAAUCAAUAGUUGGUCAGCCAGUGUGCAGUUUGAGGGCGAGACACGCUUUACUGAUCAGCCUUUCAAUGAUUACAGGGUUUGCAUUUGCCCCAAAGGCAGAUGGGAAAUGGAGUUUCUGAGGAGGGGACAGCCCUGCAGGUCAGGAACUGGAGACACAGUGUGGCUGAAGAUGUGAGUAUAUCACCAACAUGUGUGAGGGGAGAUUGUGCUCACCAGGAAGAAAACUUAUGGACUUAAUGAAUAUCUUGUUCGAGCAGCAUUAAAACUUGUAAACAAGAUUUCAAAGUCAGUGAACGCAGUAACUUGCCCUAACAAGAAUACACUUUGCACGAUCAAGGUGGAAACCAGCUUUACCAACACUAAAAUCUACCUGAGCAAGAUUAGAACUAGCUUGAAUAGUACUUUAAAUUGCAUGAGCAACAUUGAAAUCUGUGUGCAUGAAAAUACAACUUGAAUGAACAAGAUGAAGAAUUCUUUGAACAUUAAAAUCCGCCAAACUAAACCUCAUCAUGCAAAAAAACAUACUUACUUCUUGUGAGUGCAAACUUAAAAACUGUAUGAACAAGAUUACAACCUCUUGAAGAAGAACCUACUUUGGGUCCAAAACACCACUUUGUAAGAGCAACAUCUAAUCUUCUGCAAAGAAGACUACAACUAGUUGCAUGGACCAGGAGAUGGUUUGCUUGAAGGAGGUGAACCCACAUCAUUCAGCAAUUUGAGGUUUAUAAAAUAAUGACCUGUUUGUGUUUCAGACAUUUGCACCGAGUCACAGGAGGAACAUCUCUGACUUCAGUGAGGUGUCCAACAGAAGACAGUCCCCAGACAGUCCACAGGUAGAUGCACACUCACCUGUCAGAUCUAUGUUAAAGGGAUAUUCCAGCGUAAGUUAAAGCCAUGGUCAAACACUCCGUAUCACCGCGUUAAACCCUGCCUCAAGAGGUGAAUUUUGCCGACCGCUUGCUUCUGUAGUUCCACCAACUUCAGUAAAGAAGGCACAAUAGCAAUACACAGCGGUCUGAGGAGCCACAUACUCCACUCUAUAGACACAAAUAAUGCUCAGAACAGCACCUAACUUCAUCAACAGUACAUAUAGGGUUCCAGCACGUAGCACUAGCCACCAAACAUCUUUUUAGCUUUGCUUGGUUUCUUUGGCAAAGAGACCAAACACAACUCACCUACUCACUUCCACCAGCUGCUGUUUAUGACAAGUCGAUCACUGAGUGCAGUGGAGUUCCACAGUUCAAGGAAGAACAUUUAUGAUUAUUACUUUAUGGAAAUGCAAUCAGAGUUCUUGUGUGUCUUGCUGCAGACACAGUAGUUCUUCCCACUGAGCAAUAGACGGCUGUUAGACAUCAAGUUUCUUUUUUAAGACCUAAUUUUUACUCAUUUAACCGUUUAACUUAAACCCAUUAUUUCGUAACUAUUUAUUUCAAAAAGCAACUGUGAGUUGCAUAACUGUUCUCCAAGUACUUAGCCAAAAUAACUAUGAUAGCCAUUGAGCAAUAUACAGUGUAGUAUAGAUAUAGCCCAGAUUUAUACUUGGUUUAAAUUUAAACAUCUAUAAAACUUUAAUUUUUAGAUCUGUGGUAGCCUGAUUUUUAGACCAGUCAUCUAGGCUGCAUUUAGGCGUCUAUUAGACCUCUUUUAGACCAAAAAAAGCUCAGUGGGUAGCGUCUCAGUCUGAUUGCUUUUCCAUAAUCAUAAAUCUAACUCUGUGUUACGGUGUGUUUGACCAUAGCUUAAACUUACACCGGAAUUUCCCUUUAAACCGCUCCCCUGUGUUCCUGUUCAUCAUUCAUUCAGUCAUUCAUUUUCUGACACCCUGUCAUGUCAUCCUGUUCUCCCACAUCAAGCUCUCGGACAGACACAGACUGAAGAGGAAUCUGUCCGAUCGCAGCACAGGCUCUCAACAGAUGAGCGUAGGUGCUCAUUGGCUGCUUAGGUGUUGCUGGGUGUAGACAGGGUUUUACUAACUUUCACAGAAAAUCUAACUAACAUCUGACAUCACUUUUUGAAUAUGUGAUGGAGACUUUCUGGGCAGCUCAAACAGAUAGCAUCCUCCUCUGUAUCUCCUUCAGUUAUUAUACAUUAGGGCCAUAUUUAAUUGAUCUAAAGCACAUAGUCUAAUGCACAUGGUGCAAAGAGUCCCUUGAUUAUUUAUCGGUGUGUUUUAAAUCAAACCCAUCAGUGUGUCAUUUUCUUAAAAAAACUGUGGGUUAAUGUGGAGUAAAAAAAUACCCAUAGGUUUUAUCUGUGUCCAUUUCUUCAUACUUCAGAGAGUGCACAUGAUGGAAAGCUCAGGGACAGAGUAUUUUUGCUAGUGCAGGGCUGAGGUGAAGCUAGUCUGUGCGGAGAAAGCAAUAAAUGUAUCCUUGUCUUCUAGCAUUUUGAGAAUUGAACCAGAGUGUGUCAUGGUAUAUGGAGACAAGAGAAAUAAGUACCAGUGUCUCCUGUGCCUUGGUUUUUGAGACUGAUUUGAUUAUAAUCACACUUACCAUGUGUGGUCUGAACCAUGCAUAAGGCACAUUUUGGCCUCAGUCUCUGCUCCAGCAUUUGGUGAACUUCAGUCUAAUCACAGGAUGGAUAAAAUUCAUCUGAGGAAAUUACACCCAACAGUAUUUUUCGGGAUGUUUAUGUAAUAAACACAGGAGCCUGUAGAAGGCACUGGUGGGACUUCUGUCUGAAAAUACUGCCCAGAAAUGUGUCCAGUGAAUCUUUACUAACCCCUCUUGUUAUAUUUGGUCAUCAUGUCCUGUGUACUAACAGUUCUUAGGUUGCGGUUUGGUCCUGCUGUUAUUUCUGUUGUUUCUCUUUUCUGUCUACCUCUUUACAAAGUGACAUUUUUAACCGUAAAAUUUCAGUGUUCGGUAAAUCAAAGCAACAACAUGGUUAAAAAAAAAAUACACAAAUCAAAGUAUCUUUGACUGAAAGUGUGAAUUAAGUGCAAAUCAACUGCACCAGAUUGCACAGAGUUGUAAGAGACAGUUCUAUUAUGAAGAAGAGGAUCUUGAAUUACAAGUAUGUUGGAAAAGGACAUUUAAUAUGAGAGGUCCUUGUCCUUGUUUGACUGCAUGGACUGGUCCUUGAGGGUUUUUCAAAGGUCUGUGAAACAUAGCAAAGGAUUGUGAAAGAUGUUGAGGUAAGUUUUGGGGUUGUCUAUGCAAGUUAAAGUUGGUUCGUGUGAUCCUUUAAGAAGGUUUCAAGGUCCUCCAUGCUAAGCCUCUAAUCAAAGUCUGUUUAAAAAAUGAGAUUGAGGAUGCACAUGUUGGUUCUAGUGGAGGUGUGGUGGAAAUUAAGUGUCUCGAAAAGUUUUUGGGGUCCUUAGUGAUGUGUUUUUUUAAAGUCCUUUUGGAUUUAUCACUGGCCUUAUGAAGGAACUGUGGAUUUGUUGAGAGAUUUUAGCCAUUUGUUUCUCAUUUAAGUGUCAGAAACAUUGGAGGAAUAUUAAGGGGGUCCUUGGGGAUCUUCUUGGGGUCAUAAAGGUUGAUUCAGAGGUCCUUAUUUUAGAAUCUUCAAGGCAGAGGUCCUACGUGUCUUUGGGACAGUUCCUUGAGGAUCUUUCAGAGGUCCUUGAGGGUCUUUUUUGAGAUUAAGAGAACCUUGAAGAUGUGAUCGAGGUUCUUGCAGAUGCUGUAAACUUCUGUUGGUUGUUGUAGGGACAUGUGAAGCUCUGUUUGAAGUUUCCAAAGAUUCAAUGAGGUAGACUCCAAUUGUAUCAAUGACUUCCUCCUGGGCGUGUUGUGUUGAUGAGUUGUAAAAAGUUUCCAGUAAGGGUUAGAUGAAUUUUUAUGCAGACAGAAUGUGCUUGAGCAGCAGGUACAAACCACUCCCAUGUUUACAGGAGAGUCAUCUUUCAAAGCCGUACAGAGACACCUGAGGACCCACCUGCAUGCCGGCCUGACUCUCUUAUCUGUGUUUUUACAGUGCCAUCUGCUGGAGAAAGCAGGAAUCCUCAACAAGACCAAAGUAGCUGACAAUGGGAAAAAGAUCAGGUGGGAUGUUAGCUCCUGGGCAAGUGUCUCGAACCUGCUCGGUUGGAGCGUACAGUCUGUAGAUCAUGUCCUGACUGUGUUUGUUGUUGGUAACAGGAAGAACUGGAGUCAGUCCUGGACAGUCCUCCAUGGUGGGAUCCUCACCUUCCACAAAGACCCCAAAUCUGCUCCGACAGGGAACGCUGUAAGAGAUUCUCACUGGACUACAGCGACUUAUUUAAAUCUGUGACCAAAACAGCCACAUGACCUUUUUACACUCUCACUGAUCUGUGAUUUCUCCUUUAGAGUAAAUCCUCACAGAUUGUUCCAGAGUACACAGUCGAACUGAGAGGAGCCGCAGUGUGCUGGGCCACUAAGGACAAGUCAUCCAAAAAGAACGUUCUAGAGGUACAUCUUCAACUCAAGGUUUCAUGACUCUGACUGUUACCAUGGUAACGUCCUGAUUUGAUGUUCAAUUUGAUCGUCUGCGUUUGAGUUAUCUCGGAAGUCAGAUGUCCGGGCUGAAAAUUACGUCACACCUGAGUUACCGACAUUUCAGUCGGGAAAAAGCAAAAUCGGAGGCAGAGACAAGAUGGUUACAUAACAGAAGUUAUUUUAGCGCUCGCCUUGUCCGAAUAAAAGCAACAUCUGGACAAAUAUGCGGUCCUUCUGCAACAUCUCGUUUGUGCCUCCGAUUUUUUCGACUCUUUACCAAAACGCUGGUAACUGGGGUGUGACGUCAUUCCCAGUUCGGACAUCUGACUUCCAAGGUAACUCAAACACAGCAUACGAUUACAGUUUCUUUACCAUCAUGUGUUUGAUUGAUACUCUAUAUAAUGGUUGCCUUGGUCCAAUUUCUAAGUUUCUGUAAAAUGUUACUCAAAACAGAAUUUAGUAGUUUACAAAUCAUUCAGAAACCUACAUUUUAAUGAGAAUGGCGCAAAGAGCAUAUCAAAUGUUGAAGCUGAAAAGUGGUGUUUGAAGAAAGUAAUAUCCAUAUUUUAAAUUUGAAAUGUUUCUAAUAAGUUAUUAGAGGCCCUGAUCUUCAGACCCUCAGGUAGCAUUACAUUAAAAAGAGACAGGUUAAAUCGGAAACAUGCAAAGAGGAAAUCAGAUAUAAACACGAUCCAGAAACACCAAAAAAUUCUCUGGAUGGGCAUAUCAGGCAAGAAUGGGACAACAGUUCACUAUCAUGAGGAAGAGCUGUUUAUAACAAUGGGAAAGAUGACCCUGAUCAAACGCUGUAGAAACAUGUUUCUGGCACUAAAUAAAAAAAAGAGCACAUAUUUUUCAUAAAACAAAACAUUCGUCACUUUCGUCAUUUUAUAUCUGCUCUUUGUACUAUUUCUUGUUGGCCGUUAGUGAACUAUCAGAUUCUUCUUUUCAGUAUUUACAGUGUCCCAACCUUUAUGUUACAGGGGUUGCAACAUGUAUUUGUGAUGUUUUGGACUGUAUGUGACUGUUGUGUUGUUGUGUUUGCAUGCAGCUCAAGACUCGGCAGGGCUGUGAGUACCUGAUGCAGUACGACACAGAGAGUAUCAUCAGUGACUGGCUGAAAGUGAUUCAUGAUACGAUUAGACAGCUGGUAACUAAUACACCCUCUCCAGCAGUGAGCUAGUUAUUUUACUAAUAAUAGUGUGUGAAUGGGUUUGAAUGGAAUAAGUUAAUACAGAUGAUCCUCGAGCAAAACGACUUCUGCUAUUCGUAUAUGAAUGUAGUAUGAUCGGGUGAAUGUGAAGAGUAGCAUUAAAGCACUUUGAGUUGUAAUCACAAGUCCUGUUAAAGGUUGUUUUGUGACCUGUUUCAGGAGCUGGUGUAUGUAUCUGAGGAUGAGGAAGAACCGGACACUAGUUCUGACAAAGAGGAUAAAGACAGGAAGAGGACAAGUGAGUCCACAGAUUUUCUUUGUUGACAUCGUGGUCUUAACCAGAGAUCUUUCUAAAUGGGAUUGCUAAUGAUGAGAAUAAACUGUCAGGGCACACUUCCAUCUUGUUUAACCAGAAAAGAUUAGAAGUUUUGUUGUUUUGCCUCAAUCCUCAAGUCCUUAGUUACUUUAUCUUCUCUGUUCCAGCAGCCAGGGGUUCAUCAGGAACAGCUGAUUCUGAACAGAGACGAGUUCGGACCAAACUACGACGUUUCCUCCAGCGCAGACCGACACUGCAGAGCGUCAAAGAGAAGGGCUACAUCAGAGGUAAAGACACCUUGGUUUGUUGUCAUGGCUACCGCUUUGUUAUACCUGCUGUUUCAGUUUGCAGCUUUCAUGGUACAGAUAGUUGAGUUCUUUGUUUUCUCUUAAUGGUUUGGUUUUUGUGACGAUAUCCAGACAACGUCUUCGGCUGUCACCUGGAUACACUCUGUCACAGAGAAAACACAAACAUCCCCAAGUUUGUGGAGAAGUGUAUCAGAGCUGUGGAGAGGAGAGGUAAACGUCCAAACACAUCUACAAAGCACACACAGUUGAAUACAAAAAAAACAUGCAACAGACUGAUGUGUGUGUGUGUGUGUGACUCAGGUCUGGAUGUUGACGGGAUCUACAGAGUUAGCGGGAACCUGGCUGUGAUCCAGAGACUACGACACAAAGCCGACCACGGUAAAAACAAAACAAUUCUGCCUGUCCAUCUGAACAGUGUGCCACCUCUUUUUCCUCAAACAUGUCUAGGAAUUGACAGACUUUUAAUAUAUUGCACUCCCCAAAAUGCCACCGUAUGCAGACAAUACACUGAUUUCACUGAAUUGAGUAGCGACAGUAAAACUUUGUUUUCCUUUGACUGUUUGCUAAAUGAUCAACAUAUCAGCUGUCUAAAAGUGACACCCAACUAUUUUAACCCUCUGGUUCAUAGUGGUCACUACAGUGGACAGCUACCAAAAACUCUUUUUCUCUUAAAUGCAAUGGUUUCUAUGGUGGAAGUGUAUAUCAGCCUCUAGGGUGCUCUCUACUGCCCUACUCCAUUGAGUUACAUUUAGUGAGUAAUCAGUGUAACUGCAAGUAAAUUUCCUACAAAUCCAAGAUGGCCGAGAAACAGCCACCCCUGCUGACUACAGCUGGCAUGUCCUGUCAAUACUUCUAUAGUAGAAGAACCCCAGCUGUAAAAAAAAUAUGAUGAUAUACUGUAACAUCUAAGGAAGGAUAUUAUCCAUUUGGAAUUGAAAAUUUCAUGUCCAAUAUGUAGAAAAUUACAAUUAACCAUGUGUCCAACUGAGUGGACAUCAUGCAUCACCCAGUAUUUUUUUUAACAGGAGUCAUGUAAUUGCUCCACUGGUACUUGUGGCUGUUUUGGUUAUAAAUCAGUGUAUACAGUGUAAUCAGUGUGUAACAGUGACCAAGAGUGGCUGCCAGAGAAGAAUAGACAUGUAGGGGCUGAGGAUGAUGGAGAUACAGACAGUCAGGGUGCAGAAAGGGUAGAUGCCUAUAGUCAAGUGGAUGAGGACCAGGAUGAUGAGAGGCAGGAUGCAGGGGAAGGUCAGCAUGAUCAGGGAGCUGUGGAAAAUGGGCACAUGACACCUGACCAUUCUCAAGCUCGCAAAAAUUUCUGGAAAGUCCAAGACAAUCACUUUGAUAGAGAUAUGUCUCCUUUUCUAGGAGAGUGGAAAUUCAAUGUGGAGGGAAGAGAGCCUAUAGACCUAUAGACCAGACAUCUGUUUCCAGCAGAUCUCAUUGAUGAUAUAGUGAAAAACACCAAGUUGUAUGCUCCCCAGAAAGGGAAAGAAAAUCUGGCAGUGACAGGAGAAGAAAUGCAGACUUUUUUAGGAAUCAAAAUGAUCAUGGGCUACAUUCGUUAUCCCAGGGCACACAUGUACUGGUCUAGUGAGGAUGGCCUUCGUCUAGGGAUGAUUGCAAAUGCCAUGUCUGUAAACAGAUAUGAGCAAAUCCUGUGCUCAUAUAAAGCCUGUGUGCCAUUGUGCCCUGGAUGCUUUGCCAACUUUCAUACAUCCUAGGUGUGAUGAGCAGAGACAUGUUUAGAGAUGCAGGAACUAAAAUAUCAGUUUUUGUUGUUGAAAACAACAUGCUCGUAUAAGGGCAUGGUAAUGUCAGUCCUGAAUCUUUAUAGUACUGUGGGGAUUUACAAUAUUGUUUCCAAUGUUGGAGAUAGUUUGGCAUAUUUUGGUGUACUGUACUUUUUACUGUAAGUUCAUAAUGUUUUGUAUUGAGUGCUCAGGCGCAUAUAGUCCACUUGAAUGGACACUUCUGUAGUUUUGUGAAAAAAUAACAUUUUUGGAAAAAAACAAUUUUACAUGUUCUUUUAUGUCCUGAGAAUGAUAAAAACACUUAUGAAAAAAAUCUUGAUCAGGGCUUUCAUAAUUCAUGCAUCAGAGGGUUAAGAUCUCUCCUAUUGUCUGGGAAGGGUUCUUGUAUAUUUGGUCAAUGUAAGCACAAUCUGUUCUGUAUUUUACAUGCUAAUGCUUUACACUUGUCUUUUCAGAGGAGCACUUGGAUCUUGAGGAUGGGCAGUGGGAAGAGAUCCACGUGAUAACUGGUGCCCUUAAACUUUUCCUGCGGGAGCUUCCAGAGCCGCUGUUUCCCUUCAGCUGCUUCGAGAAGUUCAUCGCCGCCAUCCGUCAGUAAAAGAAUCAGCGCCUCUUGCACCGCCUUGCAUAACAAAAAUGUUUAAAGCAUAGACACUUCUGAUGCCAUUCUGAUAUACUGUCUGUCUUGUUUUUGUCGGCUUGGUUAAAAGUGAGAACUUACAUCCUCAAACAGCUGAAUGGGGGAUUUCAGGGAGAGGUCCCAGAGAAAACUUUGGGUUCAUUUUGGGUCCAACACACCCUACCAAAUCUAAGAAACACUCACAAAGUAUCUACCUAAACCUGUUACACAUAAUAUAACAUAAGCUAAACAAACUCUGUAUGAGGUUUAACAUUUAACUGGAGAUAAAGGUAGUCAGGAAUAUUUCAAAUGUCAAACUAGAUCAAAUGUCUCACUUAACACAGGCCAAGAGAGCCUAUAGGAGGUUUUUAAAAUCACGAGGGUUAUCCUCAGAGGAACAUAGACAUGAGGAGAUUGGUCGAUUGAUAGACGAGUUGUAUUUGCUUCACUUCAGUCACCAAAGUGUCAAUAAGUUUAUGGUCAUGUAGGAGUGUUGCUAUUUAAAUACAGAAGGCAAUCUUUGUGUUUCAUCUCCAUGCAGAAGUCCCAGACUACACCCUGAGAGUUUCCUACAUGAAGGACCUGGUCCGCUUACUUCCUCUUCCAAACCACGACACCAUGGAGCUCCUAUUCAGACACUUGCUCAAGUGAGUCCAACCUCAGCCUUUCGAUUACCUAAGCCUUAAUAGCAGGAGUGAGAUAAUACUUUUUACUAUAAAAUAUGUAUCAGUGUAAGUGGUCAUGGAUACAAAACAAGGACAUACCUGGAUAUCCUGGACAGUGCAGCAAGGGUUGAAAAUAUCUGUGUAUCCCGGAAAGUGGAGUGAGGGAUGUAAAUAUUUGGAUAUUCUCGAUUGUGCAGUUUGGGCUAUAAGUAUCUGGAUUGAUUGCCUUGAUAGUGCAGUUAGGGUUUUAAUCAUUGGAUAUCCUGGAUAAUACAAUUUUGGUUUAUCAUUCUCACAUAUUGUAGAUACCGCAGGGUUGGAGUAUCCAGAUAUCUUUAAAAGUGCUGUGCGGAUUGUAAAUAUGUUGAUACAGUGGAUAGUGCAGUUGUAGUUGAAAAUACUUGGAUAUCCUGUAUUGUGCAGCUUGGGUGAUGAAAACCUUGAUGUUCUGGAUAGUACAGUAAGGGUUGAAAAUACCGAGAUAGCCUUGAUAGUGCAGUAGAGGUUUUAAUGCCUGUAUUUCCUGGACAUAGACUGUAUAUACUAUGGAAAACUUGGUUCCGCCUCCCGCCUGUAUUUGAAACCGAAAAGCCCUCGGUAUUUCCGCCAUUUUUCUUCAUUUCCUGAAACCAGCAUUGCGCAGUAGCGUUGUGCGCAUUCGAUGGGAGAGUUGCCAUGAUGAGGCUCGGCUCAAGCGGUGUAUCCCCCCGGGUGAGCUACGCAAUCCCUAAACGCUAAUAGGCUGUAUCAGGUGUCAAUCAUAGAAAACAUGAAACCCCUAAUAACGUUUAAAAACGGAGUUUCACAGAAAAAAGGGGACUUGAAACACAACCAGAUAAAAGUGGUCAGUGUAAGAUUACUUGGUUCAACAGUGACAAAUACAUGUUCAGUUUGAAGAGGGGGGAUGUGAUCAGAUAGUGGUCAUUUUAAUCCAGCUGUUGAGCCAAUGGGUGAGAAUUAUUUUUUGCAACAUGUAACACGAUCAACCAUCCUUUGCCAUCUUCAUCUUCAUUAUUAAACAUCAGCAGAAGAUGUCGUUUCAGAGCGUCGCCAUUGUGUUCGGCCCCACAUUGCUCCGCCCCCAAACUGAGUCAGCCAACAUGACGAUUCACAUGGUGUUCCAGAGUCAGAUAGUGGAGCUCAUGCUUAAAGAAUAUCAUACUAUCUUCUCAAAGAGGUAGGGGGACCUCCUUGAGCUCAUGCAGAACCAUUUAGAACCCUAUGAGGUUCUUUAGAUCGCCCCAAGAGACCUGCCAUAGAUCCUCCAAGUGCCAGAGAACCGUCAUCAAAUUUGGAUUGAAGCUUUGCCUCCUUAAGAGUUCGUCAGGAACUGAAUUUCUAUUUGAUUGGCUAACCACCAUAACACCAGUGACCCAGGUGGAGUAACUGAAAGGACUGGAACCUGCAGGCUUUACCUGGCCUUCUGUCAAGUGUUUGAACUGUCUUAAAGCCUAAUCUGGAUUCGAAAUGAACUCAAUCAUCACCCAAUUUAAACACCAGCAAAAACAAUUUUUGGCACCCAAGUUAAAGAUCCCUCUAGUAUCCCAAAGAUCCCCAGAGACGAUCAUCAUCAUUAAUUAUUUUUGAAGCUGAAUAAAUAUUUGCAUAAACAUGCAAUUCCACAUGCACCUGCAAGCACCGCAAGAACCACGAAUGGACCGAGUAGAACUUUUACAAACUUCUCACUUUGUGACGCAGAAUUUCUACAUCUUGCAAGAACACUGUAAACCUUUAAGCCCAUACAUUAUGUUUCCCUCUUUUGUAAAGAACGGUAAAAUCAAGUUUUCGUCAAGUUGGCAUCAAAUCACAGGAAACUCUAGAGCACUCAUUUUUGAAGAAUUUCAAUUUGAUUAUUGUCUUGGCGUGAUGGUAUGCAUCUGAGGAAGCACUUUUUUUAGUGUUGGACCUGGAACCUGUCGAACACAAAAAGUUCAUAUAAAAAACAAAACAAAAAGACAUAGCACCCACUGUUUGUCAUCUUGGCGUAUGUGAACACAGCAACCGCACUCUCAAGUGGAACAAAACAACCAUGCAGAAAAGAGGAGGUCUUGACUCAUUUCCUGGAUCCUGGAGCGGUUUGUUUCUGUAAGAACACGAUCAACCAUCCUUUGCCAUCUUCAUCUUCAUUAUUAAACAUCAGCAGAAGAGUUAUUGCCAAACGUAGCCUGACCACAGGACUCCACCACAUCUACUGGUUCAACAACCGGUUUAGUUGAAGAGAAUUAAGUCCAGCUGGUCAUACCUGGAAUUGUAACACUUAAAAUCACUACACAAAGUGUGACCAGUGCAUCUGGAUUUUGUUUUACUACUCAACUGGAUUCCCUAAUAGGAACUAGCGAUGCACCUUGACUUGUUCCAAAGUUUUACCAUCACCCAGCACCUUGUCCUACUCAAACAUACCAUUCAGUUAUGUCCCAAACCAAACACCACCCUUCGAGUGAGAACUCUCCACAUAUGUUUCAGAUCAGUAUGAACCUUUAAGAACAAAACGUCUUUUUCAUGAAAAAGUCUGCAGACAAUUAAAGCCUCUUACAGGUUAAAACUGAACUUUUCUUUGCAUGAAAACAUCUUAGCUCAACAUAACCCAGGUUAAAUUUGACUGGAACUACCUACACCCUGCACUGUUCUGGGAUAGGUUGUUGUUUCUAGAGACUUGCCAACUUUAAAUAAUUCUACAGAUCAAAAUAUCUUCCACACUACUCCUCACUUCUACAACCUGAGAUCAGCUGUCCAAAGAAAUCGGGAUAAAUAUGAUCCAGAUUUGGAUUUGGAAAUACAACUUUUUUUUUUUUGCUUUACUGAAUCAGGUAACCCAGUUCACUUGAUCUUAUCUUUUUCAUAAGAAAAAUGGGCCAUGAGCAACAUAACUUGGAGACUUUUAUUGGUCGCAAGAGCUCCAGGUAAGACUUCAUGCUACGUACUCUGAGCACUGGCACCCCCUUGUGGACAAAUGAUAUUAGCAAUCGCAGGUCCUUCAGUGAAUAGUCUGUCAAAGCUUUCAUCUGCUCCGAUGGUUUUAAGUCAGCCUGAUAACUUUAAACAAUUGGGUCCAGGCGAGUUUCGGAUUUUCGAAACAUCUUCAUUGAUUUUAAGAACUGAGAGCUUUUGGUCUUUUGAUAUCAAGACGUCUUCUGAGAGACUUUGAAGAAUAAAACCACCAAUGAAUCACUCUGCAUUCACCAAAGCUGAAAAUUGCUUUUGCACAAAAAGGACUUAAUACCAAGUAUGGGUUGUUUUUAAUUUUUAAUUAAAAUAACCUUCAUUGUAUUAAACACUGGAUCAACAUUUAACCCGACCUGAUGAUAUCAUCAGUAAUAGACAGUAUGGAGCCAAUGGACCAAGUGUCUUUUGUAGAGUCAUGGAGAGGGCACUACACCUGAGGAAGAGCCCUUUGAGAGCCUGUCGUCAUGAAGAUGAUGCGUAUUAAUGAAAUAUUUCUUUUUUUUGUGUUUAGCCAUGCAAAUGUCAUCAUGGAAACAACAGAGUUUAUUGAGUAAAUGUUUUUAAAAUAUGAGAUUCAAAAGAAAGCUUAGAAGACCUAGGAUGCUUCCCUGAGGGACUCCGUGGGUUUUUCAGGACUUACAGAAAUGUUAGUGUUUUCUAAAAAGAAUUUUACAACAUUUUUACUUUUGUAUUUUCUGCCCUGCUGUCAUGAUGAGUGCUAGAAAUGAUAAUCUGUACAAUGCUGAAUGUUUUUAUAGUAUUGAGGUUAUAUGUAUUUCAGACAUAGAACAAAGGUAACAUGGAAAUUUAGCAGAUUUAAGUCUGUACAUAAGAGGGUAUUUUACUGACCUUUAAUAAUAAAAUAAAAGGAAUAAAAGUGACACUGAUCUGCA